AUGAAGCAGAGUACACUUGACCGGUUUGGUGUGAUACUUGAGCAACGCCCUCAUACCGGCCUGACAUUUCUUGACCUACCAUUUAACGUCCGCUGCCGGGUCUACGAACACGUUGGGCUCUAUCGGACGUGUCCCAUCGACCUCAACUAUGAGCCUACUAAAGGCUAUGACGCGGAAGAUGUCCUCGAUCAUGACGAGGAGCAUGAUAAAUAUGCUGAUGUCGACCCCAAGUAUCAGUGCUAUGUCCGGAAGUACUUUGAUUUCUGCGACUAUCUGCCAGGGCUGGUCAAACGGCUUCUUGCACUCCAUAACCUGAGCCCGGAGACAUUGUCGCACAUAACUACGCUUGCUAUUCGUAUCAACUUCUGCGUGAAACAUCCACACGGCUGCCCAUACCGCUACAACUUACGUCCUAUUCCUAAAACUCGACCUCUACAGCGGAUUAUUUCCCGUCAUGAGAAAUGGAUGUUAGCCGAUUGGACGUGUCUCUGUAUGCGGCUGGCACAGUAUAUCCAGCCAGGACGCUUGAGACUAUCAUUCAUCUGCGACACCGAAAACAUCGAGACUGCAAAGGCAUUUCUUGCUCCGUUACAGGCAAUUCCAACGCUUGCUCGAUGCGGUAUUCGCCUCUCACGGAAGGAAAAACCCGAGCUUCAAAGGCUUGCUGAUGAAACGGUGGCUCACCUGUCGACUCCGCGAGUGGCUCCGUUCCGUUUUUCAGUUCUUCCUACCGAGCUUCAAGCACGGAUUCUGGCUCACACUGACCUCGUCGCACCCCAUGCGAUAGAAUGGAGUCCCAGUGCGGGAUACGAGCCAUGGCAGCCUAUGUUGCAGCCAGAAAAAUGCUACAUGUGCAUUGAUGUACGGGAAAGCUGUUGCACACCGUUGGAAGAAGGCUCCUUUGCAUCACGAUGUGACUGCUGGAAGCCUCCAAAAGCGCUAUUCUAUCUAAACUAUAGAACUCGCGAAGAAGCCCUUCGCAUCUUCUUCAAAGAGAACCACAUCAUUCUACACUACAAUACGGGACCAAGGCUCGACCUGGUCCCUUUUCUAUUAUCAAUUCCCCGACAAGCGCGAAAGUACUUGCGAUCCAUCCAGUUCGAGUUUCCGGAUCCCAGAUGUAUGACUCCAGGCAGCAAGGUGUCUCAAGAUCUCGCUGCCGCCGUUACAAUUCUAGUUGCUGAUGCUGAUUUGCGCCGGCUCACCAUCACCAUCGAUGUCUCCGCGGGCUGGCAUUCGGGAGAAGAUUUUGAAGUCGACGAGUCGCUGAAUGAGAUCAGAUGGUUUAAUUAUAAGCAGAUGAUUCUGCCGAUGUAUUUGUUUGGGGGCCGGCUGAAGGAUUUCUUUGUGCAUCUUCCGUGGUUCUACCUAUCUUAUGACCUUGCUCGUCGGAGAGAACAGGAGCAGGAUCUUGAGAGAAGGAUAAUGGGGAGCGCUGAGUAUGAUAGUAUUCAGCGAGGGAAGUUUAAACGGCCUUGCACUGCACCAAUAAGCCAGUUGAGUGCGUUUAUUGCUCUGUCUCAGGCAACAGCAGAUUUCACCCUGGACGCAAAUGAGGACCUGGAGCGUCUCUGCCCGUUGGAUGCCGGUCGACGUCACGCAAACCCGGUGCAUGACCUGGGCCAGUUGGAGCAGCUACCGUUAGAGCUGUUAAAUAUGGUACUGCUGGGUCUUGAUUUACGGUCCCUGAUGGAUUUCCGACGCGUAAAUCAACGCGCAAUGGAGGUUGUGGGCUCGAUACCCCAGUAUGCUACUAUACUCAUGCACGCGAAAAACGCUCUUCGCGGGAUAAUCAGCAUCGGAAGCGCUCGAUGGAUCUCGUGUCUUGAUAUUUACCAAGAGCUUAGAAGAGCCGAGUGCGACUGCGGCGACUUUGGGGGAUAUCUUUACCUCUUUACCUGUCGUCGUGUUUGCUUCCUCUGCUUCACCUCGGAGUCGGCCUAUCUGCCAAUAGGCCGAGGGCACGCAAUGAGGAAAUUCGGCCUACAAGGCGCCCAAGUCGCAGCGCUUCCUGCUAUGAAGAGCGUCCCUGGCUUCUAUUCUGGGAGACUUCUCAAAUGUCGGACGCGACACAAUUUGGUGGACUACGAAUCUGCCCGCCAAGCUGGGAUCAAGCUUCACGGUUCGGUUGCUGAAAUGGAGCGGCACUGUUCAGAGAUGGAGCUUCAACGACGCGAGCAAUAUUUGCAGCGGAAAUCAGAGUUUAAAUCAGGGGGUGGCAGAGCUCCUCGACGGCCGCCGCUUGUCGAACCGUUCGAUGGCCGACAAUCAAACCCGCGUCGUUAUAUGGCGAUUGUCCCGGCCCCUUACAUCACCACCGGGAAGGUUAUUGAAUGGGGCUUUCAUUGUGAAGGCUGCAGAAAACACAACUACUCGCGACCGUUACAUUGGAGAAGAAAGUUUACGGUUGCCAGCUUCGAAGCACAUCUGAGAGAGUGUGGGAAUAUUGUAGCUGGGAAACAUAUUUAA